AGAGGAGCGCCGCCACUGCCCUCCGCCGCCGGCUGGCCCUCCCCGCCGCCCGCUUCCCCGCCUCCUUACCCCGCCCUCUCCCGCAGCCCCCCUUCUCUCAUCCCCUCCUCUCCGCACCGCCCCAUCGCCCCGGUCCCGCCGCCCCGCCCCACCCACCCAAUCCUAAACCCUAGGCCUCUCCCCCCACAAACCCUAGGAAGGACCAGGUCUCGCCGGAGCCGCCCGGCCGGGGCGCGGCGGAAGCGGAGCCCCGGAGGCCCUCUGCGGAGGAGAAGAGAUCUAGGAGGCCCAGCGGGGCAGCAAAGGAGCGGGCAAGAUGAGGAUCAUGAUUAAGGGCGGGGUGUGGAAGAACACCGAGGAUGAGAUCCUCAAGGCGGCCGUGAUGAAGUACGGUAAGAACCAGUGGGCGCGCAUCUCCUCGCUGCUCGUCCGCAAGUCCGCCAAGCAGUGCAAGGCCCGCUGGUACGAGUGGCUCGACCCCUCCAUCAAGAAGACUGAGUGGACAAGGGAAGAGGAUGAGAAGCUGCUCCAUCUUGCUAAGCUCAUGCCUACUCAGUGGAGGACUAUUGCACCUAUUGUGGGUCGAACACCAUCCCAGUGUCUCGAGCGAUAUGAAAAAUUGCUUGAUGCUGCCUGUGCAAAGGAUGAGAAUUAUGAGCCUAAUGAUGACCCAAGAAAGUUGCGACCUGGGGAGAUUGAUCCAAACCCUGAGUCAAAACCUGCACGUCCAGAUCCUGUUGACAUGGACGAAGAUGAAAAGGAAAUGCUUUCUGAGGCAAGGGCUCGCUUAGCUAACACCAGGGGUAAAAAGGCAAAACGGAAGGCAAGAGAGAAACAACUUGAAGAGGCGAGGCGGCUUGCAUCACUGCAAAAAAGGAGGGAACUGAAGGCAGCUGGUAUUGACAACCGGCACAAAAAAAGAAAGAGAAAGGGAAUUGACUAUAAUGCGGAGAUCCCUUUUGAAAAGAGACCCCCUCCAGGCUUUUAUGAUACAGUGGGCGAGGACAGGCCACUUGAGCAUGUGCAGUUUCCAACUACCAUUGAGGAGCUUGAAGGGAGGAGAAGAGUGGAUGUAGAGGCUCAAUUAAGAAAGCAAGACAUCGCCAAGAACAAGAUUCUGCAGAGGCAGGAUGCUCCUGCCGCAAUAAUGCAAGCAAAUAAACUCAAUGACCCAGAAGCUGUCACAAGAAGGUCCAAACUAAUGCUUCCACCACCCCAAAUUUCGGACCAUGAAUUGGAGGAGAUCGCAAAGAUGGGCAAUGCCGGUGAUCCUGCUCUAGCUGAGGAGCUUGGUGAAGGAAGUACUGCCACCAGGACACUGCUUGCAAAUUAUUCCCAGACUCCAAGGCUUGGUAUGACACCAUUGCGAACGCCGCAACGAACGCCAGGUGGGAAAGGUGAUGCUAUUAUGAUGGAGGCAGAGAAUCUUGCACGUUUAAGGGAAUCACAAACACCUCUUUUAGGAGGCGAUAACCCAGAGCUUCACCCAUCAGAUUUCUCAGGCGUUACACCACGUAAGAAAGAGAUACAGACUCCGAAUCCCAUGGCAACGCCUCUGGCUAGCCCUGGCCCUGGUGUUACCCCAAGGAUUGGUUUGACACCGUCCAGAGAUGGAAAUUCCUUUGGGUUAACUCCAAAAGGAACCCCUUUCAGGGAUGAGCUUCACAUAAAUGAAGAGGUGGAAAUGCAAGACAGCGCUCAGCUUGAGCUUCGUAGGCAAGCAGAGUUAAGAAGAGGUCUGCGGUCUGGUUUUGCUUCUAUUCCACAGCCUAAGAAUGAGUACCAGAUAGUUAUGCCACCUAUCACAGAGGAGAAGGAAGAAGCUGAAGAGAGAAUUGAAGAGGAUAUGUCAGACAGGUUAGCACGAGAAAGGGCUGAGGAACAAGCAAGGCAGGAGGCAUUGCUCAGAAAGAGGUCCAAAGUGUUGCAGAGGAGUUUGCCUAGGCCACCUGCUGCUUCAGUGGAGAUUCUCCGGCAAUCUCUUAUUAAAGGUGGUGAAAGCAGAAGUACCUUUGUGCCUCCUACAUCACUUGAACAAGCUGACGAGCUAAUAAAUGAGGAACUCCUGAGGCUCCUUGAGCAUGAUAAUGCUAAAUAUCCUCUUGAUGAACAAACUCAAAGAGAGAAAAAGAAAGGGAGCAAGCGUCAGGCAAAUGGGGCAGCUUUCAUCCCUGAAAUCGAAGGUUUUGAUGAGCAUGAACUAAAAGAGGCAAGUUUUAUGGUUGAGGAGGAGAUUCAGUAUCUUCGUGUGGCCAUGGGCCAUGAAAAUGAAUCUUUUGAGGAUUUUGUGAAGUCACAUGAUGCAUGCCAAGAGGACCUUAUGUUUUUCCCUACUAACAACAGCUAUGGUCUUGCCAGUGUUGCUGGAAAUGCUGAUAAAAUUUCUGCUUUGCAACAUGAGUUUGAAAUGGUAAAGAAGAGAAUGGAUGAUGAGGCAAAGAAAGCUUCUCGGCUUGAGCAGAAGAUCAAACUGCUGACACAAGGAUACCAGGCACGAGCUGCAAAAUUGGGGUCACAGAUCCAGGACACCUUCAAGCAGAUGAACACUGCAGCCACAGAACUUGAAUGCUUCCAAGAGUUGCAGAAACAAGAACAGAUGGCUGGUGCCUAUCGUGUGAGAAAUUUGUCUGAAGAAGUGAAUAAACAGAAAGCGUUGGAACAGACUCUCCAGAGCCGCUAUGGUGAUCUGUUGUCUGGUUACCAGAGCAUCCAUGGACAACUUGAGGAGCACAAGAGGCUACUUAAGCUACAGGAGGAGGCAAUAGAGGCAGAAAACCGUGCUAAGGAGGAGGCAAUAGAGGCAGAAAACCGUGCUAAGGAGGAGGCAUUAGAGGCAGAAAACCGUGCUAAGGCGGAGGCAAUAGAGGCAGAAAACCGUGCCAAGGAGGAGGCAUUAGAGGCAGAAAACCGUGCUAAGGAGGAGGCAAUAGAGGCAGAAAACCGUGCCAAGGAGGAGGCAUUAGAGGCAGAAAACCGUGCUAAGGAGGAGGAAGCUGCAGCUCGAAAUCGUGCUGCUGAGGAAGAAAAUGAGAGGAAGAAUCAUGCCAUUCAAGAGGAAUCAGGACAGACAACUAAGGUUACUGAUGAAGAAGCUGCAGGAAGAAAAGAAAUCAAUGGAGAUCAGAUGGAUAUGGACAGUGCAGAUGUCGCUGGAGAACUUGUAGGUCCAAUUCCUCCAUUGCCUGACACAGUGGAUAACGAUGGGGCUUCAAUUGAACAGAGUACUUCUAACGCUCAGAGUGGUGACACCGUUACUGUGAAUGAGGGAGCCAUUGACAAGGUCGAUUCAUCCAAAUUAGAUGGCCAGGACAAUACCAGUUGUAGCAUGGAUAUUGAUGCUGGUAGCCAGGAAGAGGGAAAAAAUGUUCUCGCGGCUGCUGCUACAAGUGUAGAUGUAGGGAACACACCUGUAUCUUCAGAUCAAGCUGUCUCGAAUGAAGGGAGUGAUGCGGUUCACGCACCUGUAUCUUCAGAUCAAGCUGUCUCGAAUGAAGGGAGUGACGCUGUUCACGCACCUGUAUCUUCGGAUCAAGCUGCGCCAAAUGAAGAGAGUGGCAUGGUUCCUGAAUAAAACAUCUUCUGCAUACCUCAUCUGCAGCGGAUGUCACAAGCAUGAUGCCAAAGGUGACUACUGAACACUAGCUCGCGUGCCAUGUUUGUUUUGUUAAUUUUCGUUUUGACUCUCUGCUGGUCUGAACAUUUGUGGAAGUAAAACCUGAUAUUUACAGCUUUCUAUUGAAAAUAUGAACUUGAGGAAA